AGCAAGUAAAAAAAGGCCCACAAGAGAGCACGCUCAGUCGCUCAGUUCCUUCUCCAAAGUCCAAGCCACCACCACCACCCACCCCAUAUCUCAGAGAGAGAGAGAGAGAGAAAAAGAAGGAGGAGGUUGCCACUUUCAAGCAUAAACAUGUUCAGGGACGUAUCGAGCUGCAAUACGUACAAUUACGGUGAUGCCCUCUACUGGGACGCACGCUACGUCCAAGAAGGUGGCUCCUUUGACUGGUAUCAACGCUACUCUGCUCUCAGACCCUUCGUCCGUACUUACAUCCCUCCUCCCAAUUCCACCGUCCUCAUGGUUGGUUGCGGCAAUGCUGUGAUGUCAGAGGAUAUGGUCAAGGAUGGUUAUGAGAGCAUCACUAAUAUUGAUAUCUCAUCGGUUGCCAUUCACAUGAUGAGAACAAAAUAUGAUCACAUCCCUCAGCUCAAAUACAUGCAGAUGGAUGUUAGGGAUAUGAGCUUCUUUCUGGAUGAAUCUUUUGAUGGUGUCAUUGAUAAAGGAACUCUUGAUUCAUUGAUGUGUGGUACUGAUGCUCCAAUUAGUGCUGCCCAGAUGCUUGCAGAAGUGUGUAGGGUUUUAAAACCUGGAGGGACUUAUAUGUUGAUAACAUAUGGUGAUCCAACAGUAAGGAUGCCUCAUAUAAACAGACCUGUAUACAAUUGGAAAAUUUCAUUGUACAAUAUCCCCAGACCAGGAUUUCAAAAGCCUGAGAGUACUAGUUCAUCAAGAAAAUCAUAUUUAGAUCCCAUCCCUCUGACCGAAAAGGGCUUACUUCCUCCAGAUUUCAUUCUGGAAGACCCAGAUUCUCACUAUAUAUAUGUUUGUAGAAAGAACAACACAGAGAUGGACAAUAUACCACCAUAUCGACUAACAGCUGAUAUUUUAUAGCCCGGAGUUUCCACCGAAGCACUGUCGAAGGUAGUAUUUAUCAUCUUCACAAGCUUUGAUGUGGAUCAUAGUCACUUAAAUAUGGUUGCUCUUGUCAUUUGUACCAUUUGAAUUAGUUACCACCAUCAUUGGUGGAUGUUGUAAUAGUAUUUUAUUUUCAUAAAUUAGAGUAGCAGUGUUUAGCUUGUAGUGUUGAUUGAUAUAAAUUAAAAUCUCUGAAGAAACGAGACAAAAAUGACUGAUUGAUUCCCUGUUAUUUUUUCCCGUGUUGUAUCUGUUGUAAUUGUGACAUGUAAACGAUGUUUUUUCCCUAAGCUUGAUUACUAUUAUAAUUAUGCUUGUACCAGAACCAUUAUUCUUGCCCAUUUCCUUAAAGAUGUUGCUAAUGCAUCCAUUAAAUGUGACAAUCCAUUACCAUAUUUCAAACAGGGUUGGCACCCUGUUGAUCAACAUGGCUUAAGCUAAUUCUCUUUGCUUUUGUUGAAGGUUGCUCUGAUAGCAACAUCAGAAACUUCCUUGCUUUAUGUUUGGGUUUUGUGAGAGACUGAGGAUUGUACCAAGGCGCCUUGGUGCUUUUGGAAUGAAAGGGCAAAUUUUGUUGGUGUUGCAUCAUCAUACAUGCAUGGAGUAAGGCUCAAGGUGUGUUGGUUUUUCUAUACUAAUAACCAGAUUUCAUUAUGGAAGGGAAGAGAAGGAUUUGAAGUAUUAAGUGAAGUCCCUUUUCCAUUCAUUUUAUCUCCCUCUAAAACUCUAAAUGUGCUAGCAGAGUAACUGGAUUUGGCUCUUUAGUAACAGACACAGUAAUGCUUGAAACAUGAGCACAAGAGAGAAACUCUAGUGGUAUUUCUACCGAAACAAACAUCUCACACGUCUCACAUCAUACAUCAUAGGCCAUAAACAUUGCUUGUUCAACCAUUUAUUGUUAUCAGCUUUGGAAAAGUCAUAAACACCCUGGAAAUUUUCAUUACUUUGUGUUGUCAGUGACGUGGAAGUAAUGAGUUAGAGGCCCUUGGACGCACCUAUAUCUCUUAACGAGGACAUUUAUUAAGGCAUCAAAUGGAAAUUGAUGAACCGGUAGCCACUUGCUUCUGUCAUAUUCAUAUAGUUGUAGUGCACCAAUUCAUUUCGGAACUUCUAUCAAAUCAUAUGAUUGAAAUUUGGUGGGUACUAGUUUUCCUUUUUUUUUCUUUUUUCUUUUCCUCUCUUCAUUACUUAAGGGAAGAGUUUAUUUAUUUGUUGAAUUAGUGUAUUUAAAGCAGGCACUUGGAAAAGGUUAGUCACUGUUGGAAAAGUAGAACGGGGAACCCCAUUUACCCCUUUCCAAAGAUGGAAGAAAUUUCAACCCUUCAAUAAGCUCACUUCCAAAUUUCAUCAUUGGCCAUUUGACUUUUGAAGUCCUUGCCGCCCUUGUUAUUACUAUAAUUGGAUCAAGAGAGUUUUUGUUCUUUUUCACAGAAGAAAACAUUUUACUUCUCCUCCAUAGUCUAUAUAAAAUUUGUCUUGAUGUUAGGUCUUUGAAAAAUCAAACAUAAGUAAAUUUGGUUCCUUAAAUAUUCAAUGUUCUGAUUUUGUCCUGAAAAAUAUUAAUGCAAGUCAAGUUGGUUCUUUUGUUAA